GGAGAGUGUAAGCUACCGCCCAGCAAACCCGGCAAUAGCAAUAUGCGCGCAACAAGCUCCAUCCUCGUCAUCAACCCAAAUUCCACGGAGUCCAUGACGGACUGCCUCAAGCCCCUGGUUGAUUCACUCCAAUUCAAAGAUACCACCCACGCCUUCUUCACGGCACCAUCGGGACCGAAGAGCAUCAAUAAUGAGGACGAUGCGGUCGAGAGUGUGAAACACUGUCUGCCUGCCCUCCAGCCUCUCCUCGAUCGCCACAGCGGCUUUCUCGUUGCAUGCUACUCUAAGCACCCGCUCGUGCCGUUACUGAAAGGGCAGCCCGCAAUAAAAGACGGUCGCAAGCCAGUUACAGGCAUCUUCGAGGCGAGUGUGAGCACGAGCCUUCAAAUAAUACACCCGGAGGAGCGAUUCGGCAUUGUCAGCACGGGCAAGGUUUGGGAGGAGAUGCUUUCAGAGGCUAUAGUAGCCUUUCUCGGCACAGGAUCCGAGGCGAGCCAGAGAUUUGCUGGGGUCGAGACAACUGGGUUGAAUGCUACCGAUUUGCAUGAUGCGCCUCCGGAAGAGGUUCGCGGGCGCAUCCAAGAUGCCGUGAAAAGAUUGCUGAGGAAAGGCAAAGUUGGCGCCAUCUGCCUCGGAUGUGCAGGCAUGUCGGGAAUGGACCAGAUGGUCAAGGAAGCUUGUGUUGAGGAACUGGGAGAAGUCGAGGGCUGCAGGAUUAAGGUCGUGGAUGGAGUUCAGGCCGGAGUUGCCUGGCUCGAAGGAGCAGUUCGCUCUAGCUUCUGAGGAUAUUUGAAUAGG